AUACCUAGCACUUGCACCUAUUUAAACUCAUAGUGAGCCCAUGAAGUUUUCACACAGAAGCCAAAGUUUUGUAAACAUACACAAAAAGAAACUAAAAUGGUCGAAGAGCUUCCUCCUGUAGGGUUUCGCUUCUAUCCGACGGAAGUGGAGCUGAUUUCGUUCUACUUAAGAAUCCAGCUUGACGGAGGACAUGCUACCAUUUACAGCCUCAUACCCAUCCUCGAUGUGUUUAACGUUGAGCCUACUCAGGUCCCAAAUCUUGCGGGAGAGAGGUGUCAAGGAGACAGAGAACAAUGGCUUUUCUUCGUGCCAAGACAAGAGAGAGAAGCUAGAGGAGGUAGACCGAGCAGGACCACUAAUUCAGGAUACUGGAAAGCAACUGGUUCACCGGGGCCUGUGUUCUCACCGGAUAAUCGAGUGAUCGGAGUUAAGAAGACGAUGGUUUUUUACAUCGGGAAAGCACCUAAGGGGAGAAAGACAAAGUGGAAGAUGAAUGAAUAUAAAGCAAUUGACGAAACAGCCAGCGUAUCUACCAUCCCUAAGUUGAGGCACAAAUUCAGUGUCUGUCGAAUCUACAUAAAAUCUGGAAGCUCGAGAGCUUUUGAUAGACGUCCAACGGAAGGUUCUGGGACAGAGACAAAGCUUCCUAGCAAUGGAAUUGAGACAUCAUCUCGCAACGCAAGACCAAUUUCAAUAGAAAUUACACAAAGCAACUCAGAGAUGAUUGCUGGGAUAUCACAACUCCUAGAGAGAAAGCUUCCUAACAAUGGAGUUGAGACAUCAUCAUGUGCCACAAUAUCAACCUCACCGGAAACUUCAUAUUCAGGGGGUGGAGACCAAGUUCAGUUACCCGUGAAUGUUACUACUACGCAAAGAAUUUCAGAUAUGGUUGAUGGGCUAUCACAACCAUUUUGGGAAUGGGAACAACUAAAUUGGUCAUAAACCUGUUAAAUUGCCUCUUUCCUAUUAUUCUAUCAGUUUUUUUAAUUCACAUAAUUUCUAGAGUUUUCAUAUAUGCAUCCCUUUUUGUGCUAAACAAUCUUGGGCUUCUUUCAAAAAUAAUUCAAAACUUGUGGUUAAACAAAAAAGUAACCUCACUUUUUUGAAUUUUUAUUUGCUCAAUUCACCCUAAAAGUUCAAGUUAUUUAUAAAAAUACCAUUUUUUUAAAAAAAUAAUUACUUUAUCAAUAAUCUCAUCUUCUUCUUUUAUUUACAACAUUGUUAUUGUCAUCGAUACACCAACUAUCAUGAACAACCAAUUUCAAGAUAUACAUCUAAAAUCGACAUCUACAUCUUCGUAUCCUCAUUUCUUACACAUAUAAACUAUUUCUCUUUCAUUCUCUCUCAUUUCAUUCCAAAAUCUCAACUAUUUGAUUUCAAAUUUAUAAGCUUAUUGGAGUUAUUCAAGUUCAUGAUUUUUGAUCAAGAAUUAGUGGGUAAAUUUCAUUAAGAAGUUGUAUGUGUUUGUAGAAACUAAAUAUGUCACCAGAUCUAAGAAUGAUAUUUAAAAAUUCCAGAUCUAUUUCACUAAGAAGACUAAUCAGUGCAUAUGUUAGUUUUGCAAUUGAUUAUUUUUUAUGUUUUUCAUACAUGAAUUCUCUAAAAGUCAUAUGCAUUUUCUUUGUAACAGGAAGAAAUCGAGUAGACAUCUCGAAAAGUCUUCUCUGAUAAGUAGGUUAGUUUGACAAUUGAUCGAUGUCAGAAAUUAUCUUUUUCCAAAGAAGACUUCAACACUUUUUGAGAAGUUUUCUUACAGUCACAUAAAUCUCUCUGAAGUCCAGCAAUAAGUCUGUGUAGGUUAAUUUUGCAAUUGACAAUAAAUAAUAAAAUAUUUAUUAUUAAAAUUAAAGAAUUAGAAGACUUCUCAAGAAGUCUUAUUUAAUUUUAUUCAAAGAUUCUUGUCAAAACUUUGGUUUUGAAAGCAAACUUAUAUAGAAGUCUUCCCAUGGAAGACUUCUAUAUAAGUCUAUUCUUAUAAAGUCAAACAUAGUCAAUUGCAAUACUAAUCUACGCAAACUUCUUGCGACACUUUGGUGACUUCACGUAACAAUAAGAAUAAUUAUUUAGAAGUCAUCUAUUGGAAGAUCUUUCCAGGAAAAAUCAAAUUUCAACAAAAUUUCAAUCAAUGGCAAAACUAACAUAAUUAUUAGAUAAGACUUUUCAAUUAAAAAGAGAAAAAUACGGUUAAUUUAUAAUAAAUAAGUGAUAUAUUUAUUGAUAUGUGGAAGAAAUGUAGAACCACUACAAAAAUGACAAACUUCAAGAACUACUGACCGUUUAUACAUUUUCUUCAAAAAAUUGUAUUAUUUAUGGUACAAUUCAGUUUUUAUUUUGGUGAAUGAAAAUGUUAGUGGAUUCUCUACUUUAUAUCUGAAGGCAUGUGUUUUGCCCACACCCUAUUCAAACCUUAAAUAUAUAAGUAUAUACUAGUAUUCAAUGGGCAAAGGAAAUGGGCGGGUGAAAUUAUUGUGCAAAUAGAAUAUAUAUUAAUGUGUUGGACCUUCUCUAAAAGGAUCUCCAAUAGGGAACCUCAUUUUGAGGGUGAUGAUCCUCAAAAUGAGAAGUAGAGGGUGGAUUACUCCAAUAAAAAAUUUCAAAUUUAUCUUUAACUUUUUCUACAUAUUGCAUUUCAUCCUCAAUCUUCAAAAUAAUUAAUUAUAAAUGCUUAACUUUUAAAAAUAAAUAAUAAAUACACAUAAAAUUGAAAACAUUAUAAUUAUAAUUCAUAUACAGAUAUUUUGGUUUCACAAAUUUUCUUUUAUAAAAAAAAAUCUUUUUCAAACAUCAAUUAAAAUAGUUAAAAUACAUAUACAUAGUAUUCCUAUUUUAGAUAAUUUAAAAUAACUUGUAACAUAUAUGUGUAUUUUAUGUAUCAAUAAUAUCAUAUAUGUAAAAAACAUAUUUGAAUAUUUGGUCGAAAUAUAUAUAUAAAGAUUAAAGUGAUACAAAAAUGAAUAUUAAUACAAUUAUAUAUAAGUUACAUAACUAAAAUGACUAAAAUGAAAAGUGACAAUCAAUGUCCUAGAUGUAGAGAACCGGAUGAAUCAGUCAACCAUGCCAUUUUUGAGUGCGCAUCUGCCUUGCAAACUUGGGCCCUCGCCUCUACACCAUCAUGUUCGAGCACUUUUCAUAUUUGGAGUGUGUAUCCCAUCUUGGACUAUUUUUUCUGGCGAAAGAAUGACAUAAAGGAUCCGAAAUUGGAUAGAGAUCCUUAUCCAUGAAUUAUUUGGUACCUCUGGGAAGAUCAUAACGACAAACUGGCAGAGGAAUAACACGGGACCCGGUAGAACUAAUUAUACAUGCUCAAAGUCAAAGCAAUGCAUGGUUUGAUGCAAAUUCUAAGAUCCUGGGGAUUUACAACCCAACACCAGGCAAGGAACGCACACACCUUAAGCUUGGAAAACAUUUGUUUGGUAGAUGGAUCUUGAAUCUCAGAAUCACAGUUUUGUGGCUAGGGCUGGGUGCUGCUAAAUGGAUCUGGGAAUGAAUAACUCUUAGGGUUUCGAAACAGAAAUUUUUUUAUGUCUUCUUUGCACUUAGAACUAGAAGAAUUUGGGCUAUGAAGAACAUGCUGCAACACACAACUUGUCAGCAGUUUGAGACAUACUGUAAGGAUGUCUGAUAUCACUCAAAUUACCCUAAAGAGUGAUUUGUAUUCUCUCAAAUAAGAGGUUGAGUUGCAGUACUUAGAGAGCGAAUUCACGGGGAGAUAAGGCACACAAUAGAUAUACUAGUUAUAUGGUUAAGUUAGGCAAAUAUGUUUAAAUGUAAAUAGCAGGGUUGUGAACAAGUAAUUGUUCGAUUGAUUGAUUGAGGUUUUAAGACAGAUAUCGAAAGCGUUAGACUUAAGGUUUCUAUUCAAACAAUCAGGAUUAUAGAGAUAUAGAUACUAAGCAUAUAUUGGAUAUUCUAAAACUCAAACAAUAAGAAUAGUCGAUCAACUUCCGUAUUUUUAUACUAUCUAUCGCCGGAUCUAGGACCUCAGAUGUCGCUUGUUGGUCCUGAGAAAGUGUCGAUCGAUACCAACAACAUGUUAUCGGUCGAUACACCUUUCAGCCCGUCGAUCGAUGCAACUAAUGAGUUGUCGAUCGAUGAACCUUCCAGAGAGCGUUAUGCACGGGUUUGACGUGUUCACUAGGUUUAACUAAAUCAACUUCCGCUUGUUUCUAGCAAUCCUAGCACAAUAUAAACUAAUUCAGACAAAGAACUAACCUUCCGCUUGCGCCAUAAUAUCUAAAAGUAAGGUCCUAAUUAGCUACUCUAGAACACAUGCAUUAAGAACAAUUUAAUUGAUGGAUAUCUUAAUACUUGCAAUUCUGUAUUUUGAGCUAACCCCUCAUGAAUAUCUGAACCCUAAAUCUAACAAGAAGAACUACUCAGACAUAACUAAGCAAUUCAUCACAAAGAAGUAAGAAAACUGCAUAAAUAGAAUAGAGUAGAAAACUGGAGUUCCAAUUCAUCAAAAAGAAGUAAGGAGUUCUUGGAUCUUCUCUCCAAACCUAAGAAUGUAAGUAUUUUGCUGAAUGAAAGUAAGAAAGUGUGUGUUGCCUAGAACAAUGGCAGAGCACAUAAAUAUUAGGUUAAAACUUGUCAGGGGUAAUCUGGUAAUUCUUGUGGGACUUGGGCUUAAAGUCGGCUGGAACCAAUCUGGCCUUUGUGCGCUUCGCCGUUGAUCGACAACACAGAGUGUGUCGAUCGAUUAUCAUCCUCGAUCAUCGAUCGCUAGGCUGGUCGAUGGUCAGCUACGAAUCUUUAUCAUUUUAUCUCCAAAAUGCACCAAAAUCACCAAUUUCCUCCAAAUCACUCCAAAACCUGAAAACUUACUAAAAAGACUCCAAAACAACUAUAAUGUAUUUAAAAACACCUAUAUACCAUGGCUAAAAGUUGGUGAAAUCCAUAGUAUAUCAACACCCCCAAACUUACUCUUUCAAAACAACAAGCAGUCUCUCUGGAAGCGGUUUGAAAACAGCAGGGACUCACACAAUUUAAGAACUUACUAUCACCACCUCAGCAAUAUUGCAAACCACAUCAAAUCAAUCCUAACUUAAACGUAAUAUCUAUGCAAUAUCCUAAUUUAGCAACCAAUUCCAUUCAUCCAUCAACUUAACUAAUCAUGUCUGACUAACCCCUCUACCGACCUCAUCCUCAUUCAUAUAAAUAAUAAAGGUGUAAGUUUUACCUUGGGAGUAUCGAUCACUGAACACAUAAAAUCAACUCAAACAAGUAUCUGGACCUACAUGUAAACCUUUUCUGGUUCCCCUUCUUUCUUCUCUCUUCUCUGAAUCCGAUUUUUUUUUUUUACUCGGCAAAGUUGUAGGCGAAUAGCUGGACCAGCCCAGUUCGGUGAACGGCAGAGCUGGAUCAACCGAAACCCAUCUUCGCCUCGUCCUCGUAACUCCUCUUCCAAAAGUGCAUCGAACUCAUUCUUGUUUCGUUUCGAUCUGAGGCAUCAUUGGAACUUUACGAUUUAAAAACUGCGGGAACUCGUCUUUUUUCGAAGGACAUUCGGAUUGAUCGUAUAAAAUGGCAACGGUUAACUAAACAUCUCGAAUUGCCUACGCUAUACGAGGAAUUGGAAUGUUCCUUGAAUUCGCCGUCAUUUCGGAAGCUCUCUCUGUAUAAAAUCGUAAAAACGACUAAGUCGGAAAACGGCCCAAAAGGGGCCAGAACGCGGCUAAGAGACCACUUACGAUUUUAUAGAAAUCAAUCCCAAUCGUUAUGACGGUUUAUCUUUUGUUUUGCAGGAAAAAAUAAAUGUGAAGUUUUCGAAAAUAAAUGUCAAGUUUCCGAAGAUAAAUACCAAGAUCGAAGGGAAAUAGAAUUUUUCCGCGAAGCGAUACACUCGACCGGGGCAGAACGGGAAAAAGGUAAACCGCCUUAGAGGAAGUAUAUAAGGAGAUCGAGGCUGAAGGGGGGAGAGGGACAAGAAUUAUCACCCAGAGCAAUACUUAGAGCAAUUUAGGCAUUUUUCCGUUUUUGUUAUUCGAGCUGCGACUCAACUAGGUUUUCAAGUCUUAGGUUGCUAGAACUAGGAAUCUCGCCGACAGCUCUCGUGGCCGAUGGCUCUUACCUUGUUGUUACGCUCUUUUCAAUUUCAUAUAUUUACUUGUCGUUUAAAAUUUCGUGUUCUGAUUGCUUGGCGUGUGGUUUAGCAGAUAUCCGGGACCUCUGGGAAAUUUAGGGUUCCCUAUAUUUCCUAAAUUCAACGGAAAUCGAAAGUGCAAUUUUUGGUUCACACACCAUUUAAUAAUCAACCAAGUGCAGGGAGAGUACCAAGAAAAGGACGAUAGCAUGAUCCAGUAUCUGGCGGUUGCCCAGCGACUCAUCAAGAAAUUCAAGAGUUGCAAGCUCACUCAAAUCCCCAGGGAGCAGAACUCGCAAGCCGAUGCCCUGGCUAAUCUUGGGUCCGCCCUCUAAACAAACAGCCAGAUGAGCAUCCCCUUGAGGAACCCCAAUCCGAAGAGGUCUCCGCUAUCCAAGAGGGCGAAACCUGGAUGACCCCCCUAGUCCGGUACCUAGAGACAGAAAUUCUCCCGAAAAACCGCAAGGAGGCCAGAAAAAUCAAGAAGCAAGCCGCAAGGUAUUGCAUCUCCCAAGAGAAGCUCUACCAGAGAUCCUUCUCCGGCCCGUACUUAAGAUGUGUUACGCCUCGAGAAGCCGCUAGAAUCCUCGUUGAACUACAUGAAGGAGAUUGUCGAUCCCACCCUAGCGGCAGGAGCCUGGUGCUCAGGGCCAGGAGGGCAGGCUACUAUUGGACCACAAUGGCCGCAGACGCCAACAGGCAAGCCAAACACUGCGACCUGUUUCUAAACUCCCUCCGGAGAACCUAAAGUCCAUAAGCUCACCAUGGCCCUUCAGAAAGUGGGGCGUGGACAUAGUGGGGAAAUUGCCUAUGGCGUCGGGGCAGAAGGUCUUCCUUCUGGUAGUCACUGACUACUUCUCCAAAUGGGUCGAAGCGGAUGCAAUCAACCGGAUAACAGACCUCCAGAUCCACAAAUUCCUGUGGACGAACGUAAUCACUUGCUUCGAGGUCCCCCACGAGAUCGUCACCGACUAUUGACCCCAGUUCACGAGCCACAACUUCAAGAAGUUCUGUAAGGAGUGGGGCAUAAAGCAUACCUUCGCCACACCCCGACACCCCCAGUCUAACGGACAAGCGGAAUCCACGAACAAGACCGUGGUCGACAUGCGUAAGAAGCGACUGGAGGGUUCCCAUGGGAAGUGGGCGGAAGAACUGCACGGAGUCCUCUGGGCCUACCGGACCACUCCCAAGACCGCGACGCAGGAAACCCCUUACUCACUGGUCUACGGCUCUAAGGCCAUAAUACCAACGGAGAUGCACGUGAAAACAACGGUCUCAGGGUCCACCUCUCAAGAAGAGAAUUGUUAGGGGAUUUAGUACUACGGAACGAUGGACAAGGCUUAGUAUUUCGUGAGAAUCAAAGAGAAAGAGACUUGAAGAGACGUUUUGUUAGAUAAACAAGCUGGAACUACAAUGUUUUGAGUAAGAACCCUAGUUAUAGCCGCCUAUCUCUAGUCUCUUGAAGUGUCGAUCCCUUGCUUUAGGGUUUUGGCUCCCCUUACAUAGUUGCUUUUAGGUCGGCCUUAGUCGGUUUGAGUAGGUUAAACUCUUCCAUAUUCGGAACUAUGGAAGGUUCUCCUUAUCGGAAGUUUUCUUUUUCCCAGAGGAAGGGGGUGGACCCUGGGACCGGACCCGGAAUACUUUCUAGCGGGGACCCAUAGGCCGGUGUCCUGCCUGGGGUCUGGAGGAAUUCAAUACCUGAGUAUUUUUCCCCAACAGUUUGCCCCUUAUUGCUCGAUUUCGUCAUCGAACUCGAGGAAUAAGUUGUGCACUCAAGUCAACCGGAGUUGCUCAUUCUCAGUAGGCUUCCCUUAGGCAGGACAUCUCUCCAGUAAUCCUGCUAUCCCGGGUUCCUCUCUGGCCGGAGCCACACUCUGAACCCGGGGGAGGACCGGUUCCCUGAUAACAGACCGGGGUCUGACGCUAUCUUCUUGAACCGCUGAUUUCUUGUUGAAGAUAGAGAAGCUCGGGGCUUUUGGCGAUGCUUUGGAGAUUGCGGAGCCUGCGCUUUGGUGAUCUCCGAAGAAAAGGCCAGAGUGCUUGAACAUGAUGCAUAGAGGCAGGUCUGGUGGAUGGGUGCGAGACUUUUUCGAAGGUUCCGGAUCGAGUUCCAUGUCCCAUGGGGUUUCCAGGUCCCCAUGCGUAGCUAGAGAGGGGAUGGCCUUGACAAAGCCUCUAAGUUUGUUCCCUCGCGUGGCGUCCUCUUUGUGGCCCGUGGAGGUCAAUCUUAGGUUUACAACCCCUCUCUUCGUUCUUGCCGCCUAGCGGCUUUCUAACUUUCCUUUUUUUUCUCUCUCUCUCUCUCUCCUUAUAAUGUUCCGCAAUCUUCAUUUGCUCGAGCUCGGUUUUCCAUUUUCAGGUAUUAUUUCCUUUUGACUCUCUCUCUCUUUUUUCUUUCGACUCCUUCUUCCAGAUUCCCCCCCCCCACCCCCGUAUUUCUAGGAUGAAAUCCAAACCAAGUCUCGCCCUAGAUUCUUCCUCCAUAGGCGGUAGGGUUAGGUCGAAGAAGCAGAGAUCCGGGGUCGGGCCAUCAGAAUCAACGGACUCCUCCGGUUCUUCUCUAGAUCUAACCCUAGUCGUGUAGUUGCUGAUGUUGUUUCGCCGGCCGUAGUGGUAGAUAGGUUUCUCCCGGUGGGCCCUCUUUCAACGAUAGGAAGAGAGGAAGCGCCACCCUGUUUUUGACGGGUGCUGGACUGAGAAGUUUGCUUUCAUGCAUCUUCCGGUGUUUUCCUCUUUCUAGUGGGUGAUGGGAGUUUUGAUGGUUUGUUUGCAAUGGCAUGACGCUAAUGAUUAUUGUUUCCCUUUGCAGAUGUUCCCUGCGUGGAUUCUUCUCUAGGAAGGAGGACAACUGAACGGGUGUUGAAUCUUCCCAUCGAGCGACGCCAGGUUCCUUUUCUCGUGAGCAGAGAAGCGUUGGAGCGUUGCAGCAUCUGGGGUAAGUCCUUACCUCUCCUCUAAUUUAUCGUGAACCAUUUUUGAGGCUUAUCAGUGUCAUGCUUCAGGUAACAUAUCGGGGUCCAAAGGUGAAGAAGCAUUGGCGGAAUACAAAAGGGCCUUGGAGGUCAUGUCGGCGAAGAAAGCUGCUCCCAAGCAGGCUGCCCUUAGAGAGAGUGAUGAUGAAGUUCAAUUCAUCAAGAGUAACAAACGUCAAGCCACUAUUGCUCUAGCUUCUUCUUCCAAGAAGAAAUCUAAGGCUUCGAAGUCUACCCCGAAGGUCUCUCCGUCGUCGUCGAGUGACCCAACCACUGUCUUGGCCAAUCUCAAUACUAAGGUGUUCCCCUUGACCCCGGUGGUUCUGCCGGAGGGGGACUCUUCUGCCUCCAUCGAAUUCAUCCAGAGUGAUCUUCUCCACGUAACAUGUUGUCCUCCUUUUCGUUUCUUUUGGUUUGCUGAUGAUCAGUUUGUUCUCGUGCAGGCGAUGUCUCAGUUGUUCCACCUUGGGGAGAGCAUGGAUGACCAUGCUUCACUCAGGGCUGAUUUGGCCGCUCUAACUUCUCAGCUGCGUGAGGAGAAGGAAAACGUUCUGUCCAAGGAGAAGGAGAUCAAGACUUUGAGGCUCAAGGUGAGGAACCCAGAUGAGGCUGGGACGCUGGCGGCAUCUGAGAAUGUCUCUCUGAGGGAGCAGUUGGAACGUCGGGAGGAGGAGGUGUGUGAUCUGUGGUGCACUGUGGAGACCUUUGAUGUUGAGAAGAUUAUGGCGGUGAGCGGCACCAUAGUGGUGACUCGCUGGGAGCUAAUGAGAGAGUGGCUCAACCGUCAGACCGACAGCUGGGAUCUUGAGGGCGCGCUGGAGAGGUACAAGAUGGUGAAGACCUCCGAGGCUGAGUUCCGGGGACUUCCCGCUCCUUCCUUCGUGGGAGAGCCAGUGAUCCCGAGCAAGACUGAAGCCGAAAAGACACUGGAGCGUGCUGAUGAUCCUCCCGUCAGCUGAUCCCUAAUCUUUGUCUGAACUCUUAACUCCUUGUAGGGGUUUCUUUUGUUGUUGUACCUGCCCUCUAUGAGGGUUUAAAACUUAUUUUCAGGCCUUUGAGCUUUUUUUUGUUGUUAGACAAUGGCCCUGCUGUGGCCUCUUUUUCCUUUAAAAAGAAUGCUUUCGGAUU